GAGACACUUUCUCUACAGAAAAAAAAAUCUAAGAUGAUGACUGUCAAAAGACGAGAUAAGGGCAAAAGCGUCCAAACACCCAAAAACAUCAUCAAAAUUCAACCUAUGGCCCUAAAGUUACAAACCUAUGUCACUGACAAUGUACAAACCCAAUCACUCUUCUUUAUAUUACACCAAAGUUCUCAACUUCUCCAUAGCAAUUCUGCUUCUCAACCACACCACCAUUGAUACACCAAAGGCCCAUCCUUCUCCUUCCCCUCUGCAAUGGAGUUCCACAGUGUGCUCGAAUUUCUCCACGGAAAGUCCAUCUUCGUUACCGGGGCCACCGGUUUUCUCGCAAAAGUAAUGGUGGAGAAGAUCUUGAGAGUUCAACCGAACGUGAAGAAGCUUUAUCUGCUCAUACGAGCUGCUGACGACAAAGCAGCAGCGCAACGCCUUAAAAGCGAGGUGAUCGAGAAGGAAUUGUUCAGAGUGUUGAAGGAAAAAUGGAGAGCGAAUUUUGGAUCUAUGAUAUCAGAGAAGGUUGUAGCGGUGGCCGGAGAUAUCUCCGACGAACGACUCUUGGUACUCGAGGAGUCUGCCAAACUGAGACAAGAAUUAUACAGCCAAAUUAAUGUCAUUGUUAACUUGGCUGCGACUACCAACUUUGAUGAAAGAUAUGAUGUUGCUCUUGAUAUCAACACAAUGGGAGCUAAACAUGUUUUGAACUUUGCUAAAAAAUGUGUUGAAUUGAAGGCAUUCAUCCACGUGUCUACGGCUUAUGUUUGCGGUGAGAGGGAGGAGGAAGAAUUGAUACUCGAAUCUCCAUAUAACAUGGGAGAUACUCUCAAUGGAAAACUUGGUCUACAAAUUGAAGAAGAGCGGAAGCUUGUGAAUCACACAGUGACUAAACUUCGAGCUGAGGGAGCUACCCAAAAAUCCAUCACAUUAAUGUUGAAAGAUUUGGGUAUCGAAAGGGCAAAAUAUUAUGGAUGGCCAAACACAUACGUAUUUACAAAAGCAAUGGGAGAGAUGUUGAUAUCUGAUCUAAAAGAAGAUCUUCCAGUGAUUAUUAUACGUCCAACCAUUGUUUCUAGUACCUAUAAAGAACCGUUUCCUGGUUGGGUUGAAGGUGUCAGAACCAUUGAUAGUCUCGCUGUUGCAUAUGGUAAAGGGAAACUAACUUGUUUCCUCGGCGAUGUCAAAACAAUAAUCGAUGUGAUUCCAGUCGAUAUGGUCGUGAACGCCAUGUUGGUAGCGAUGACCGCGCAUGCAAGCCAACCAUCUUACAACAUUUAUCAUGUGAGCUCCUCCAUGAGAAAUCCCUUGUUGUAUGGCAAGAUUCAAAGCUAUGGAUUUCACUACUUCACUGCAAAGCCAUGGAUCAACAAAGAUGGGCAGGCUGUUAGGGUUGGGAAGGUCACCAUCUUAAACGAUAUGCCCAGCUUCCAUAGAUAUAUGACCCUUCGCUAUUUGAUAUUUCUUAAGGGAUUGGAAGUGGUAAAUACAGCACUUUGCCAUUAUUUCGAUGGAAUAUAUAUGGAAUUGGAUCGAAAAAUCAAAUACGUUAUGCGAUUAGUGGAGCUCUAUCGCCCCUACUUGUUCUUCAAAGGAGUCUUUGAUGACAUCAACACAGAAAAAUUGCAAAUGGCUGCCAGAGACAAUAAAAUUGAGAUAGAUUUAUUUUAUUUCGACCCAAAAAGUAUCAAUUGGGACAACUACUUUAUGAAUAUUCACCUUCCUGGAGUUGUUCGACAUGUCUUUAAAUAAUUAUUUGUCUUAGUGACAUUUUAAUUUUACAUUAGUCCUUGUAAAUCUCUCAAUAUGCAUCUUUAUUUACAUAAAUAUUGUCAAGGAUCAUAUGUUAUUUCAAUGCUAAUGAACAAGCCUAUAUAUAUUAUAUAUAUACAUACUUUAUAUAAUUCAUGA